AUGUCGUCCAUUCUAAAGUUUUUCAGAGACCUUUGCUGCUGCUGCUGCAACAAGGAUCCAUCUGACGCUCUGUUCGCUGCUGGUGUCGAGGCAUGGAAUCAGUAUGAGGAAACGCGCGAGUCGCAGUAUUUGGCGGAGGCAGUCCGAAACCAUCAGGAAGCCUUGGACAUUCGUGUACCGGAUCAUCCACGUCGCCCGGAAUCUCUUCUGCACACUGCUAUGGCCCUUUGGGCACAAUGCCAAAAUGCCGUAACAAAGGAGAGCUCUUCCACUGUGAUAGCCUACUAUGAUGAGGCCCUUCGCCUCUUGCCCGACAAGCGCGACAAACUCGGACGUCGAGCCACUGUCUAUACCAACCUCGGCGCAGUCUACUUUACACUCUUUCGCAUCGGAAAAGAGGAUCCGGAAGCUUUUCCUGCUACUGGCUCUAACAUCGGCAAAGCGAUCGAAAAUUAUCGAUCUGCGCUUCAACUUAGGCCGGCGAAAAACGAUUCAAAUCGUCCAAUAUCCCUCAUUAACCUCAGCAUUGCUCUUAUCCAGAAAGACAGCAAAGAUGAUUUGAUGAAUGCCAUUAUCUACCUUCGCGAAGCUGUAGAGCUUUGCGCCCCGAAACCCACCCGUCGUCCUUUGCUUCUUUUGGCUCUCAACAACCUUGCACAAGCAUACGACAGCCACUACCAUUACUCGGAAGAUAUCAGCGAUGUUGUCGGGAAAGUUGACGUUCUGCGAAGGGUUCUAGAUUUGACGGAUGAAGGGAAGGUGCGGCUGGUUCCGCUCGUGAACCUGACGAAUGCCCUCUGGAGGCUUUGCGAAAUAGAGCAUAGUCGAAGCAACGAUUUAGAUGAGGCGGUUCUUCGCGGUCGAGAGGCAUUGAAGCUCUCUGAUCCCUCUGAUAACAUUAUCCACGCCAAGGCUCUCACUACUCUCGCCAACGUUCUUUCUGCCCGCUACGCUCAAACCAGCCCGAAAAAUGUCACGGAUUUGGAUCAAGCUAUUCAAUAUUAUCGCGACGCCAUCGACCCUGACCCCGAAGACGGUCCCGAUCCCAUUUUAUGCAGUAGUCUUGCUUCUGCUAUAUACACCCGGUGUCAGGACUUUGAAGAGGCGGAAGGGGCGACACUAGAAGAUGCAAUCUCUUACAACCAGGAGGCCUUACACACAUGCCCUAAAGAUGACCCCUUCUACCUCAGGAUUCAGAACAACCUCGGGAGUAUCUAUCUGACACGGUUUAACAAGUCGGGGGCAGAGAGUGACCUUAUGAAGGGAAUUCAGGCAUACGAGGAUGUCGUCUCCCACUGUCCAAGUGAUAAUGACGAUCUCACCUAUUAUCAAGAAACCCUCCAGGAUGCGAAAAGUGCUCUCCAGGAUAAACGAGAGGGUAGUACGCGCAAGCUCUCUGUCCUUACCAGGCACCAGUCUACCUCGGUUACGAUACGGUCGCGUUCGUCAUCAUCAGACAGCCCUUCGGCUUCCAGAUCUCCGACAAAGCGGGAAUCCUCCUUUACCCCCCUCACCCCGUUGGGUGAGUUCCGCGCCAAAGAUUUCGUUUGA